CGCGUCUUUCAACGAGGCUUGCGAUCCCGGGCCGUUGUCAUCACAACAAGGAAGAUUUGGCUGGAAAGAGCCGCUCCGAGGAAAGAAGGAAGCGCGAGAAGAGGGCCAAUGGCCGAAUGCAUUCAGCAGUAGGCUGGGAGCUGAUACGCUGACGUACCCACACUACUGCGGAAUUCAAAGCGGGCCCGAUUUUUCACAGGCCAGCGGUUAUCCGAGCGCGGAUACUUGGCGCCCGCACAGGCACAGUCGACCAACAGGCUCCGACCGGUCCUAGUAAGUCGGAGACGAGCUCUGCUUUGCACCCGCAGUGCACCAUCAGCCUCGCAGACUGACCGGAGAAUCUCGCCCCAGCCCACGCGAAAGGCAGCAUGGCGGCCCUGAGGAAGAUCUCUCUGUUUUCGUCUGGCAAGGACGGCAAGAAGAAGGGCAAUGGCAUCCUGCCUAGUCCGGUCAGCUCGGAGACGCUGCGCAAGCAGGAGAGCAAUUCCACGCUCGGCCUGGCCUGGCAGAAAGCAACAAGCUCAAAGGCUGACGUGCUAGAGCCUCCCAACUUGCUCAACGUGCCUGGCUCGGAUGUGUCGACGGCGCAGUAUCACUCUGCUUUCAGUUCCGCAAGCUCCGAUCAGCCCUCGUCGUCCUCUUCGGGCGAUUACACGAGCGUGUCGAGCGCGCCUGCAAAGACUUGGGAUCCCAGCACAAUCGAUCGAGAGCUCGCACACGAUGAGUCGCCACUGCAUACACUAGCUCAUACACCCUCACCUAGCGGUUUCAUCGAACAUCUCGACGAUCAGAGCGACUCGCAUCAUUUCGCUCGUUCAGCCGACCUAUCUCCGAAUGGGGUAGCUGGCAGUGGCCACGCGAAUCUGUCACCCAGCCUGGGCUUGGCGGGAAAUGCGAUACCCUAUCUUGACUACCCACCCAAUACCUCGUUCGGAUCUGACCAGCUAGACUCAGAUUCACAGCUCGCGACGGAGCAGAAUCCCGGCGCGCCUGAUCUCAAUGCUGUGCUUCAAUCAGGAUUACAGACUACUUAUCUCUCUGUCGGCCCUCAGCUGAUGAGCGGCUCGAGUAGUUCCGAAAGCAGCAGAGUCUCCUUCACCGCAGCAGCGACUUUGGAACGCUCGCGACAAUCCCGAGGAUGAAUUUGCGCCUAAGCCUCACGCACGUCAAUCCUCCCUUGCCCAGCCCGAUCAGUCCAUAGCAAGAGAGCAGCAGCCUAUACCCGCCAUUUCAUCUGCCAGCACGCUUGCGCCUAUCAGAACAGACACACACUUU